AUGCAGUUUACCACUGCUACCGCACUUUCCUUCCUGCUCUCUUGCUGCCUGUGGGUUGUGGAACCACGAGAUACCACCUCCACUCUUACAGUGCCUAACGGAUGGAGUGGGAGUAUAUGGGGACCAAAGCAGGUCUGCCCCACAGGCUAUGCCCAAAAGUUUUCAUUGAAGGUGGAGCCCUACCAGGGAAUCUGGCGUGAUGAUACCUCUCUAAAUGGCAUUCGCCUACAUUGCUCAGAUGGCACAAUCAUCUCAUCUUCAGUGGGAGAGGAUGGUACCUGGUCUAAGGAAGAGUCAUGCAAGUCUGGCUUUCUGAAUUUGUUCUCGCUCCGAGUGUCAGUCUCUGAACCCAUCCAAGACAAUACUGCAGCUGAAAACGUAAAGUUUAAAUGCACCGAUGGAACUGAGCUGGAAGGCAGUGGACACGCAUGGGGUGAAUAUGGUGCAUGGAGUGAGUCCUGCCAACAAGGCGGCAUUUGUGGGAUCCAGACCAAGGUGGAUAUAGUGCCGAAACACAACGCAGUGGAUCCCACUGGUCUCCAAAAUAAAGUGUCAGAAGUCAUUGUGUUUCACCAUAUUAAAACAUCCAAAGCCUGA